GGAAACAGUCCUGCAUUUCGCUUGUCAACCAAUCCACGUUAUGCCAGACCAUGUUUGCACGCAGCCUCCCCCACGCUCCGUGUCCUGCAGCGUUAGCCUCGAUGCUUUCACUACAAAGCAAUUCUCCCAUUUUGCCCAUGCCAGUGAUCGAAUUCGGCUGUGAAGAACAGCGGAGCAUAGCUCCGUGAGCUGAGACUUAGACUGGCUCGUUGCCUGACUGGGUUGCCAAAGUCAAGGUAUAUAAGUAGCUCUGUCGCAGACCACAAGCUUUUUCUGGUCUGAGAACCACCACAAUCACGCAAAAAUGGUCGGACUGCUUUCAAUCACCGCGGCGCUUGCCGCGACUGUGUUGCCAAACAUUGUCUCUGCCGUUGGUCUGGAUCAGGCUGCAGUUGCCAAAGGACUUCAAUACUUUGGCACAGCUACGGAUAAUCCCGAGCUCACGGAUAUUCCAUACGUUACUCAGCUGAACAACACCGCGGACUUUGGUCAAAUUACCCCUGGAAACUCGAUGAAGUGGGAUGCCACAGAACCAUCUCAGGGCACCUUCACGUUCACGAAAGGCGAUGUCAUUGCAGAUCUGGCUGAGGGUAAUGGCCAAUAUCUCCGAUGUCAUACUCUGGUUUGGUAUAAUCAGCUACCUAGCUGGGUGACUAGCGGAACUUGGACUAAUGCUACUCUCACCGCCGCAUUGAAGAACCACAUCACGAAUGUGGUGUCGCACUACAAAGGGAAAUGUCUUCAUUGGGACGUGCUGUUCUACAAUGACUACAACCUCGAAUACGGCGGCGCCAAAGCCGCCAGCGCCCGCGCCAUUGUCCAGCUGGUCAAGAAUGCAGGUGCCAAGAUCGACGGGGUAGGGUUGCAGGCCCACUUCAGCGUCGGUACCGUGCCGAGUACGAGCUCGCUCGUCUCGGUGCUGCAAUCUUUCACUGCGCUCGGGGUCGAGGUCGCCUACACGGAGGCCGACGUGCGCAUUCUCCUGCCCACCACCGCCACUACCCUGGCCCAACAGUCGAGCGAUUUCCAGGCCCUGGUGCAAUCCUGUGUGCAGACAACGGGCUGCGUCGGCUUCACUAUCUGGGAUUGGACAGAUAAGUACAGCUGGGUUCCCAGCACGUUCUCGGGCUAUGGGGCGGCGCUACCCUGGGAUGAGAACCUGGUUAAGAAGCCCGCGUACAAUGGCUUGUUGGCCGGCAUGGGGGUUACAGUUACCACUACGACUACCACCACCACUGCUACUGCCACUGGUAAGACUACGACUACCACAACGGGUGCCACGAGCACGGGGACUACGGCUGCGCAUUGGGGGCAGUGUGGAGGGCUCAACUGGAGUGGACCGACGGCGUGUGCCACUGGGUACACCUGCACUUAUGUCAAUGACUAUUACUCGCAGUGUCUGUGA